AUGAGUGAACGAAAGGAAAUUGUUCAGCUUCCUGAAAAUCCACCUUUUAAAGUUUAUGUUGGAAACUUACCAUAUGACACUAUUCAAGGUGACAUGGAUGAUAUCUUCAAAGGUUGUGAUAUGGUUGAGGUAAAAAUGGUACGUGAUAGAGAGACUGAUAAAUUUAAAGGAUAUGCUUAUGUUGAAUUUCGUACACGUGAAGAUUUAGCUAAAGCUCUCAAGUUUAAUGGUCAUGCGUUUGUUGAUAGACCACUACGUAUUGAUAUUGCAAACACAAAACCACGUGAUGGAGGAAACAUGAAUAAACGUGGAGGAAGUUAUGGUCAACAAAAAGGUAAUAAUCCUAUGAGCAGUCAACGUCAUGACAAUAAAAAAGGAAAUGGAUACAAUAAUCGUAGUAAUCAACAUGAAAAAAGUGAUAAAAAUGAACGUCUUCAAAAUGGUAAGUGGGUAAACGCUCAUUCUUCAAAUCGUAGACGCGGGAACUCGACUCGUGAUAGUCACCGAAGUACUGUUGAAGUAGUUGAUGAUCCAGAGAGACCAAAACUUAAACUUCAACCACGUACAACAGAUCCAGAAGAAUUAGCAAGAAUAAAACUUCAACAGCAGGAGGAGGAAGCCGCUAGAGUUGCCAAAAUUUUUGGAAAAACUGUUUCCGUCAGCAAAGAAAAAUAA